CAUACGUAAUAUAGCGGGACUAAGAACUAAGAUCUUGAUUGUUGAAACUUUGCGCUAGCAUGAAUGACCCAACAGCUUGCGAUAGCUUUUUACUUUUUUUUUGGAUCCACCGUGACCGCGGACUACCAUACUGAUACAUAAGGACCACGUACAAAGUCGGGAAAGUACACAAAAUAGGAAAACCGUCUGGAAUUAAGCCCUAUCAGGGGCAUACACAUGACAUGACAAGAGAUGCCAUUUUUCAUGCUUGAUAUGGGUGUUGGUGUUACACAGGGGGACUGACUUGAUUAAUUGGCUUGUUAUUGUUAACUUUUAGCAAAGAGGUGAGUGUGUCAGGAAUCAUGCUAGCUUGGUCCCCUCGCAUAGGACACGACUAUGCAUCUUCUUCAUUUUUUUACUGGGAUCUUACUUUCUAUCAUCUUCGCCGUUAUUUAAUGAAGUCUACUUCUUGGUAGAAUUAGAUGAACGUAACUCAUUAACCUUUGUAGUUUAACGAUGUUACAAAGGAAUACACGACAUUAUACAACAAAUGAAUGUUUAUGAUACAUAAAUCUAAAGAACGUUGGAAGAAAACCGAGAGGCUUGAUGAUUGAUUGACGAAUGAUACUCGCUAAAGAGUACUACUUACUUACACUUUCAUGACCACGCUCUACAGGGAGAUAUCCGAUAUUGCUAGUGUCCUGGCCUCUGGCCCUGAAUUGCGAACAUAACUGGUCUCUAUGGGCA